AUGAUCGCCUCCAGCGCUACCCCGAUGGGCCGCGCCACCACUCCAACCCCCGGUGCCCAGUCCCGGUGGCCGCGUGCCGUUGCGCAGCUCCACCUGGCUCUCCGCUCGCCAGCCGCGCGGAGUGGUAGCAGCGGGCGCUGGAUGGGAUGCUUCAGGCCGGCGCCGGUGCCCGCGCCGUCGUCACCGGCGGUUACGGUGGCGGUGAACGAGGGGAGGGGGAAGCGGCCGGAGGCAACGGAGGUGGAUAUGGAGCCGGCACGCGGCGGAGGGGACGACUUAUGGAGCGUUCAGGCCGAGGCGGAGGUAGCGCAGGGCGGGGAGUACCCGGAGCACCUUGUCGUCAUGGUCAAUGGCCUCGUGGGGAGUGCGGAUGACUGGAAGUUUGCAGCUGAGCAGUUCGUGAGGCGGAUGCCAGACAAAGUGAUCAUCCACCGGAGUCAAUGCAACUCUGCUACACAGACAUUUGACGGAGUUGACUUGAUGGGAGAAAGGUUAGCAAACGAGGUUCUAUCAGUUGUCGAGCAAAGAAGAGGUGUGAAGAUGAUCUCAAUUGUGGCGCACUCUCUGGGUGGUCUUGUUGCCAGAUAUGCUAUAGGAAGGCUUUACGAAUGUGGUAACAGAACUAAAUGUUCCGUUGGGAACAACAGAGAGCAAGUUGAAUGCUUGGAGGGUCUCAUCGCCGGCUUAAAACCUAUGAACUUUAUAACCUUUGCAUCACCACAUCUGGGUUCAAGUGGAAACAAACAGCUCCCCUUUCUAUGUGGCUUGCCUUUCCUGGAGCGAAGAGCAUCAGAAACUGCACAUUUGAUUGUUGGAAGAACUGGAAAGCAUUUAUUCCUUACAGACAGUGAUGAUGGUAGGCGUCCACUCCUUCUUCAAAUGGUUCAGGAUCAUGAUGAUAUAAAAUUCAGAUCCGGAUUGCGCUCUUUCAAACGACGUGUGGCAUAUGCGAAUGCCAAUUUUGACCAUAUGGUGGGUUGGAGAACAUCGUCAAUCCGGCGUCAACACGAGUUGCCAAAACAUCGCCUUCUUGUUCGUGAUGAGAAGUAUCCACAUAUAGUCCAUGUUGAUAGAGGAAUUAUGGAAAGAAAUGAAACCGAAGUGAGUGCUAAUCUCUGUGGCCCAGAAGAGGAGAUGAUAAGAGGCCUAACACAACUGCAGUGGGAACGUGUUGAUGUGAGCUUCCAGAAAAGUAGUCAAAGAUUGGUUGCGCAUAACACCAUCCAGGUAAAGAGCUAUUGGCUUAACUCAGAUGGGGCAGACGUUAUCAAUCACAUGAUGGAUAAUUUCCUCAUCUAG